UGAGGGGCGCUCGCACGUCGGGUCAGAUGCUCCGUUAUCGUUCACGGAUUUGGUGAGAAUUUGUAUUUAGUCACACGAACCAAACUCCGGCCGGCUUGCUUUGUGAUGGAGUCGUUGUUUUCUGCGGUCACAUUGAAUGUCUGAGCCAUUUCCUCUGCCUCUCCGAUCCGAUGAGAGAACGGGCGGAACGACAGAGACCGAGACAGAGACCGAGACGGAGCGAGUCCACCGAUCAUUUCUGCCCCCGAAAUCUAGCUCGUAGAGGCCGGACCGGUUGAUCAAUAUGGUGACUUUGUCGUCGGUCGUAAGACCACUGGUUCACCAGCUGCACCAACGGAUCGUCAGGCAGCCCAAGAGUCCGCUACUGAUCCCCGUCCGAAGAUGCAACCUCACGGCUUGUUCGAGCAAAUACGUGCUGUCACAGAUGCAUCCGAUGUGGCAGGGACCCCUCGCAGUGCCGGGAGGUGAUCGCCAGUCUCCCAUCGAUAUUGUGGUGCGAAAGAGUGUGUUCGACCCGGUGCUGAAGCCUUUGACCUUCGACUACGAUCCGCAGACCUGCCAACAAAUCUGGAAUAACGGUUACUCCUUCCUGGUCGAGUACGACGACACCACAGACAAAUCCAUGCUGAAAGGGGGCCCACUUGAAGAUAAAUUCAGGCUGUGUCAGUUCCACUUCCACUGGGGCGAGAGUAACGCCUGGGGGUCCGAACACACCGUGGACAGGAAGCUCUUCCCUGCAGAGCUCCACCUGGUCCACUGGAACUCUGACAAGUACAGCCUGUUUGAAGAGGCGGUGAUGGAGGACAAUGGACUAGCUGUUAUUGGAGUCUUCCUCAAGGUGGGAAAGAGACAUGAGGGGCUGCAGAAACUAGUGGAUGCCCUGCCUGCAGUAAGACACAAGGACAGUGUGGUCGAGUUCACCAGCUUUGACCCCUUGUGUCUGCUGCCUAGUAACAUUGGUGACUAUUGGACAUACCACGGCUCUCUGACCACGCCCCCUCUGACAGAGGCCGUCACCUGGAUCAUUUUAAAGCAGCACAUAGAAGUCAGCCAUGACCAGCUGGCGGUCUUCCGCAGCCUUCUGUUCACCUCAGCGGAGGAGGAAGUCCAAAAAGGCAUGGUGAACAACUUCCGGGUGCAGCAGCCACUCAAGGGUCGCACCAUCCGCUCCUCCUUCACCCCCUUCCUGCAGGGACCGCCAUCGGCCGAGGGGAACCAGAACUCCCACUCCCACUGACCUCGCUGGAGACUCAUAUCCAUCCAUCCAUACACACACACACACACACACACACACACUGACCACCAUUAUACACAUAUUUUCCGUACCAAAACAGCCCCAAGAGGCCUGAGUGCUCUUGCGGGGACUUUUAAUCUUUAACUGGAUGUUUUUCUAGUGCUGCUUAGAUGAGAAAGAAAAUGGCGGCAGCGCCUUUGUGACAGCAGCAUCGUCGUAGCAGUAGCACAGUGUUGCUGCUCUGCAGUUGACUCGCUUUAAAUUCACCUUAUUAGAGGGAUUUUCUGGAGUAUAAACUUAUUUUAUAAUUGUGACCGCUGUGGCCAAGCGGCUUACAAUUGGUUUGAGUUUCUUCUGCUCUGCUGAUCCCUGAGAGCCAAUUCGAUUCCUUAAAAAAGAAAGGAAAAAAAAGAUAAUAUAAAAACAUCUCUUUGCAUGGGUUUUGCAGAGCAUGGAGUGUGAUUACAAAGAUGGAGGAAAGUUUUACAGAUACACGUUUCUAAUGUGCAGUGUUUUUAAAAAAAAUCAGUUUCCCCGAUUUGUUUUACUCUUCAUCAAAUGGUUGUCUCGGUUUAGAUGGUUUAGUCGUCGAUGUGGGAUAAAAAGGGUUUAUGCAGUCUUUCAGCGCUGACCAUAUCUAUCACGCUUCCAUCAAUAGACGUAAUAUAGCCGAUUAGUUUACUAUAUCGACAAAACUGAGGCAUUGCCCUCUGCUGGCCAUAGGCGGUACUACAGCAGUUUAGAUUUUUCUGACUCGUUCAUACGGAGGUGGCAUCGAUGCCUGUUUACUGGACAGCACCAGGGAAACCUUAAACGUAAUCUACUGACAGACCAGAUGCCAUUCCCCAUAGCAUAAAUAUAUCUUAAGUCUCACAGGUUGUCCUUAUUGGUGUCAGCCACUGCUUUUAAAUUAAGCUCAGCGGUUAUCAGUUUUGUUCAUCAUUGCUCUCUAUCUACAGCUUGUUCGUAUGAACAGUGUAUAUAUUUUUUAAAACUGUUAUAAAGAGAUUACAUACAUCCGACAGUCAGAUAAGUACAGAUAUGUUUGCAAAAACUUUAUAAAUGCGUUUCCUCUCAGUGGUUGAGAGGGUUCGGCUGCUACCAAGUGGAACUUAAAGGCUGCUCGGCAGUCACACCUCUUUUCUCAAGGCAGGACUUUAAAGCAGCUCAUCUGGAGUCUGGUGAUAUCUGCUUGUAUGUAGAAACCCUCCAAACCCUUGUCUCUCUCUGUAAGAGGGACAAGAGGUCAGACUGAAUAUAUCACUAAUGCGCACAAGCAAAGACAGGACACUGUAGCACACACAUGUGUGAUGUGUCAUAAGGAAAUAUUCAGUUUUACGUCAUGACUCUUGUCUUAAAGCAGUCUGGGUGCUGUAACACAAGUGCCUUGGAUAUUUUACUUUCACCUCCAUGUUCCUUUUUGUCUCACCGGCUUUGGCGAGGUUUCCCAAAUACAUUAUAGCAUGAAAAGCAUCUCCGUUCCACAGCAAGGCCCUUCAAUACUGACUUAAACACAGUGGGUUUGAGUCUGAUUGGUGCUGCAGCACACUUUCACAACAGGUCCAACUUACUACAGCACGCCAGACUGUUAUUUUAGAUAAAACACAGCAUAUUAUGCAAUGGUUGUAAAUGCAGUAGUGUGAUCACACAGGAUGGCUAGCGAGCGCAGAAGACUGACGGACAAGGCAGCAGCAUCUUGAAAGGUUGAAAGGAAAAAAAAAAAACACCAACUGAAUGUACCCUGAAUUUCAAUGAAGGAAAUGUAUUCAGUGCUGCUAGAUGUUUGGCCACACUAAAGCUCACUGUCUGGUUCAAGUUCAGUAUUGGGGUCCAGGUGCUAAGAUGAUUUUGGCAAACGUGGCCACGUUCAACGCUGAAACUUUCCAGUUAGCCGGCAUGGCAACUCUAUUGGUAAGCAACCGCUGUCCUCGCUGGUGUGUGCGCCAUCUGUCACAGCUUAGCUGGUUGUCGGUGCUGGUGUUAGUUGCCGUGUUGUUGUCUUUAUGGAGGAAGACAAGAGAUUAGUUCAAGCUGCUGGACAGAACAGAUCAAAUGGUUCUUCACUCACGUGGUGUUCGCAUCGGUGUUGGCGAAGCAUUUAAUGUCAACUCAGAUUUACGGCUGUUUUCUGUCUCGUUUUGACGCGGCGUUAAAACGCACGAAGGUCCACGGAAGAGCGAAGAAAUGAGAAAGACAAAAUGAGUUUAAAACCUAUUUUGGGAUGGAGCUAUUCCAGGCUAUGCGGUGGGACCAUCACAUUCUAGACUUUACCGUUUGUACUAGCUUUCAGUAUUUGCUCUACUUAUUUUGAGCUGUGACAGAAAAUCCCUCUUGAUACACUAACGUAAAUCAAACAGCCCUCCAUGUUUUUAGUUUACUUUCUGCAAAGUCAUUUCAAAAGCACAUUUUUUUCCUGAGUUUUUUUAUAAAGGGAUCGUAGGACAUUUCCUCAUCGUAGCCAUGCAAUGUGGUGACAACACUGACUAAUGCAAUAUGAUGCAACCUUGCAGCGUGUCAUACAAGUCUGGCUGGUUUACAUCCGGCAGUUGUGGUGCUCUGGGUGCAGUUUAAUUUGCAACGCUAUUGGAGAGGAUGAGGUGGUGACGACGGGGUGUGGUGUGUUUGUAAAGUAUUGAGGGGUGAGAUGAGUGCGAUGAGCUUCAGAAGAGGAAAAAGAGGGCGUCCAGGUAGCGUAGCGGUCUAUUCCGUUGCCUACCAACAUGGGGAUCGCUGGAUCGAAUCUCCGUGUUACCUCCGGCUUGGUCGAGCAUCCCUACAGACACAAUUGGCUGUGUCUGUGGGUGGGAGGCCGGAUGUAGGUAUGUGUCCUGGUCGCUGCACUAGCGCCUCCUCUGGAGAAAAAUGAGGGAGGGAUAAUUAAAAAGAAGAGGGAAAAGAAAAGCAGGGCAAAAUAAUCACAGAAAUGACAGUGAAAGGUCCGUUUGCUAUUCCCCUCGCCUCUUCUCUGUUCUGUCUAGCCGGCGUGGGGGAGGAGACGGGGAGCAUAAGAGAAAGGCAGAGGGAGCCGUCCCGUACAUGGCGCUGGUUGCAUCUCGGUUUUCGGUUGAGCUCUUAGCAGAGAGGCCGAGUUACAGUUGUCCAUGUGACGCUUUAGUGACAAUGACUUUGUCCACACGUGCCCCCCCCCCCCACCCUGAGCAGGCCUCUCCUUAUGAAAGAGACCCUCCCCCAUUCACACGCAGACAUGCAAACCCCUUUAUACCCCUCUCCAUCCGGCCGUUAGGUCUUCCAUUAGCGUCAUAGGCCGAGUCCUGGCGUGAAGCCAUGCAUUAAAAAGACUGUGCUAACAGGAUAUGUAUGGGAAAGAGCUGCUGUGACGCUGAUGUGCAUUGAAACCUCUGGUAUGACGUUAACUUGUUCUGAAGGGUGUAGGACACAUGAGAUAGGAACUGAAAGGGCCACAUGGGAGAGAUGGUACACUGUAGGAGGGGGGAAAAAGUGUUUUUUUUUCUGUUCACUUCCAUCCAUUGGGACUGUUCACCCAGCACAUUUUGUUUAUCAUAUACCUUUUGAGAAUGUUGCCCGCAAACAGUUUUCCUUUGGAGACGUGGUCUGCACCACGUCUCCAAAGGAAAAGUGGUGGUCAGGUGUGUUGCUAAAUCUCGGAGACAAGGGACCCAAUAAUGCCUUCGGACUGUUCAUGAGUAUUUUAUUUUUGAUGUAUUCUACAGGUGUGCACUCUAAUCUGCCUUCAUCGAUUUUAAGACAUUAUAAUAAGUUUCCUUUCUUUGAUUUUUUUUCUAGCAUUUUUUGCCAGAAUACAUGACAAACAUUAGUGUAAACCAAUGCAACUGUACUGUACUGUAAUAUCACAACUUCCAUUUAUGCCUGGCCUGCCAGAACUGGAGUCGGUGAUAUGAGAUCUCAGCUGUACUUCAGGUGACUUCUUCCAGAGCUGUGUUUAUUCAUUAGCUGGUGACAAACGAUGAAGCUACAUCUACACUACUGGCACUUGGCCUCUCUGCACCACGGUUUGCCUCGAGGAGCUGAAAUUCUUACUGUUGUUCUGCGUCUUUACUGGGAAUCCUCCUGUCUUCAGUUUCCUGGUAUUGCUGAGUCUGCCUUGUUAAUGACUACAUGUUCGUACUGAUACUGUGUGUUAUUUUUAGUGGUGAUGUUUUGCAUCCUUAAAGCUUCACCGCUCGCCAUCUCUCUCGCUUUCCAUUCGAUGUUUCAGCAGGUGUCCACCCCAAGAUCACUGAAUGUCUCCGGUUGUGUGUAUGCUGUACACCAAUCGGUGUGUAGUCCCCAUGUUCUGUUUAUUUGAUCAAUGGGCAGCAAACAUUCCUGCCCCUGGGGCUCCAACGUACCCUUUUUUUUCCCCCUCCCAACAUGCCUUGCUGGACCUGGAUGCCUCUUUCAUGGUCCGGGCCAGAUGUUAAACCAGGAGAUGUUUUCCCUAAUUCCCCUGUUCUCCAGGGGAAUGCCGAGAAUGCCGUUAAUGUGCAUGUUAACCAGAUAGCAUGGAUGUAUAGGAAAGAUGAGUUUUAAAUAGAAAUAAACAUUGAUUUUGUAUAUAAAUAAUAAAGAGUAACACUAAAGUAAUGAGUGAUUUGACAUGUGUUCCUAUGUGUAUGCCUAUUGCAUUGGGGUUUGAACCAUUUCCGUUUUUAGAUGUUUAUAUAUUGUAGCUAUGGGCCUCAGUGGAAAUGAAAUGGUGUGUGCAAAAGUCAUAGAAAUCUGUGCUAUCGGUUUUGAAAUCGGUGCUCUCAAUUUUAUAAUUUACAAAUAAACAAACUACCUUCGA